UACAGCAUCAGUAGAGGUCCAGCGACCGCCCGUGUGCCUCGCGUGUGCAGAUAUCUUCAGUGUAUCACCGCCAAAGUAACACAGGAUCUGCAGCUAGCGGAAGCAAGAUGCGCGGUACAGGAGCCAGAACUGGCGCCAAUAGUAGUGGUUCCGGAUGCGCAAAAGGUAUGCGCAAUAGCAAGAAGACAAAACAACAGCAACAAGUCGUACAGUGGAAACAAAGAAAUGUGCAAGAAGGGAUUGUCAUUGUUGAUGAAAUUCAAUUGUCGAAACUUAUUAAGAGAGAUCCGAUUCAGACGUUCUAUGAGCUGGACCCAGAACCCUUCGCAACGGGCCAAUUCGCCUCAGUAAGCCGGUGUCGAUCACGUGACACCGGCCAACAAUUCGCGGCCAAGUUCUCCAGCAGAGCUCGAUAUGGCGAGGACUGUAGUGCAGAGAUCCAUCACGAGAUAGCGUUGCUGUCGCUGUGCUCGCCAUCUUCACGCGUUAUCCGUCUGCACGAUGUUUUUGAAACUCCGACAGAAAUUAUUCUCGUCCUCGAAUUUGCUCCGGGAGGUGAUCUGCAGACCAUUAUAGACGACAAUCUAGUGCCAUUUGAAGCAGACGUAGUGAAGUUCGUGCGUCAGCUGGUAGAGGGCCUUGUCUACCUGCAUGAGAGGAAAGUAGCCCAUCUUGACAUCAAGCCUCAGAAUCUUGUGAUGAUGGCCGACUUUCCGGACUGUGACGUCAAGCUCUGCGAUUUCGAGAUAUCGAGAGUAAUUCUCGAGGGAAUUGAGAUACGUGAGAUAUUAGGAACACCAGAUUAUGUGGCACCAGAAAUUCUGCACUACGAACCAAUAACACUGAAGGCAGACAUGUGGUCCCUGGGGGUGACGACGUAUGUCCUACUGACGGGGUUUUCCCCCUUUGGUGGGGAGACAGACCAGGAGACAUUCUGCAACAUAUCACGGGCAGAGGUGGACUUCCCCGAGGAACUGUUCGAGGAUGUGUCUGAGGAGGCGCGGGAUUUCAUCCGCUGCUUGCUCGUGAGAGACCCAGGAGCACGGCCAAGCGCAAAGGAAUGCCUACGCCACAAAUGGCUGUCCAAGAAGAUCCCUCGCACAUCAACACCGCCAUCUCUGUUACGUCAAGAUUCCUCAUUGGUCGCGACAAAGGCGACAACACGAGCGGCGUCACCAAGUGAGGACUCCACGCGCAUGUCUCAAAGAAACGCGACGCAGCAACAGAAGAACUUGAGGAAGUAUCUGUCGAAAUCUCGAGAAGCGUUGUUCGAACGGGUGGUUCAACAACAGCAACAACACCAAAAGAACAACUUGAGGAAGACCACGCUACUUUCCCAAUACCACAAGACAAGACGCCUCUGUGAGAGUCAGAUGUCUUUAGUGUCAAAGUCCCGGGAGCGACUCCUCAUGAUGGAUCAUCAAAUGUCUCCGCACAUCAGUCGCUCAAGAGAGAAACUGUACGGACUCCGAAGUCUGUCAAAGUCACACGAGGUGCUGGACCUCUGUAAGUCAGCUGCUGCAACUGGAGGUCAGGCUCCACAUGGCGUUGGUUUAGGCAUACUAAAGACGUUGACAAGAGCAACCACAGCCGAUUUGAGCAUGAUCCCACUUUUGAGGCAAAGACUGAUGGGUCAUGGUUCAUCCACAACGUCCAUAUCCUCCUCUGUUACUACCGAGCACGACACUGAGGAAACAUCAGUUCCUCUUCCUCCAUCUGAACACGUGAAGUUCAGCAGGAUGUGUUCAGUACCGGUCAGUGCCAUCACGUCACCAAUCACCCCCUCACCACUACAUGAAUUAUUAGAGAAUUCAUCACAAUCGCCCAACAGCGCCACUAAAUCACAAAUUAUACCUACGCCGACAGAAGACAAUUUACGAGAAAAGAAUAUGGAGCACAUCACGCAAAUACCAGCACUUCUGAGCCCCAAACUGCUUAAAGAAACAAUUAAAAAUCAAUCAAAAUUUGAAAUGUUUUCCAGUAGUCCUCUGCCGGUUUGCGAAGCUAAUCUCAUACCCCAUGAAGAACAAAAUGAAUUUAAAACGCCUGAUGGAACGGCAUCUUUGAAGACACAAACAGGUGACACAUGCACUUGGGAAAAAAACGAGGCAAGAACAGAUGCCUUCGACGGUACAGAGAUCGAUUGCACAUCGAGUUAUCAAGAUGACGGACCAGGUGAAGAUAUUAAAUCCGAAGAAGAACCGAAGUUGAAAUACGAAGACGCAGGAAAACACACGGAUCUUCCACAGGAAAUAGUGCUGAAUCAACAAGACAUCCCUAACACUUCAGAGUCAACGACAGAAACUAGAGCCGAAAAUAAAAACGAAGCUUCGGUGUGUAUAAAGAACUGUGAGGACGUGACUGAAGAGGACUCAGAGCCACGAUACACUGUAGCACAGCUCGUCUCGGCCUUCAACCGUCACCAGGAAGUCGUAACAAAAACAUCUCUGGAAGUAACCAUGACAACCAGCGACAAGGGAACUAAAAUCCCGCCAAUGAUCUUCAAUACGGGAAACAGCGCUUUCCCUACUGGUCCAAAUGCCCUGAGACUUUUCAUACCUGACAUUCACAUAACCAAUGAACAACCAAAGAGAAAACAGAAAAGAAAGUACAAUUUGGGUUUGAGGUUUCCAAACUCAACCGAACUAAACACCGAAAAAGAAGCUUCCAAGGAAACCACCGAAUUAUCCAAAGACACUUAUCAAACGGAAGACGAUGAAUCCUUCCAAUCACUUGAAAGUUCAAGUUCUCUGGCGACCAGUGACUAUGACUCCAUUACAAAUUUCUCAAUGCCGGAAGUUCCUGUCGAUAAAGAACAAAAUGAGAACUCGAAAGAUAAAACUACGACAGAAAAGGAAGAGGCAAGAACACCAGUGCCUUACUUUGAUGAAAACGCCGACAGCACUAACAACAAUAAACAUCAUGACGAUUCAAGUUUCAUUUGUACAUUAGUUGUUGAACCUCCAUCAGAUGACAAAGUUCUGAAUACAGAACCUGGUGAAUCUCAACACCACGUUAACAUCAAUAAAUUCCGACUGGCUGCAGAAGUGACGCCGAAUUAUCUAAGAUCUGGGUCCCUCUCUAGCGAUACGAGUGGAUCUAGUUCUAUGUCAUGGGAAGAACUGACUCCUCCGUGUUCAGCGACUCCUACAGGCAACAAGAAUGAGGCUCAACAGUGGCCUCAGAAACAGACCAUUCCUCUCAGUUCAGGUCGUCAGGCGUCAAGAAGCAGGUCUCCUAGCGUGAAUCGAGAACCAUGGGGCAGGAUAUGUACUGGGACUUACAACAGAGCCCUGGAGAAGAUCAACAGUAAACUGAACAAACACGAAAACUCUGCAGUCGCAGAUCCCAACAGGAGACCAAACAGGAAGUCACUGACACUGCUAAGUCCACCUGAAGUGAUCAGCGCUUCCGAGAAAUUCCGGAGGAAGUCAAUACCUGUUAUCAAACAGCUUUCGUGAAGCAGACUGAGAAGUGUCCAAAAUUUAAUGUAGAAAAUUCAUAUACGAAAGCGCAGUUUGGAUUUUCAAAUGCUCUGUGCAAACCUGCGGCUGACCGAAAGUGUUUCAAUGAAACAACAGCACUCAGAAUUCAAAAUGCAAUUAGUAUUUGGAUACCUAUGAAAGAGAUUAAUUCGUGGAAUUUCUGAAGUAGUAUUUGCAUUAAUAUUGCUUUCUUACAGAAAUAAUUCUCAAUCAUCUAAGUCAUGGUAGAGAUAACAUUAAGGAAGAUUUAGUAAUAAUUUAUAUUGUUUAUCUAUUAUUUUAACGUAUCGCACGGAUUCGUGAGAAAAUAAUCAAAUUUUAUAACUUACAGUGACGAAGUGGUUAAAGAGAGAUUAACACAAGUGUGAUAUUUGACAGGCUCAAAAACUGAUAAAAUAUUUAGGAUAAUUUUCCAUAUCUUCUGCAGAAUUACAUUUUUGUUUGCGUUGUCAUCGUUGUUUAAAUUUAAUUGAAUUCGUGUUCACCGCUUUUCCUGACAUAUAUUCAUUUAAAAAAUAUCACCAGAACAUAUUUCCAUCGUAUUUCUUAAUUAAAUAAUUUUCACCUAAUUUAUAGGAAAAAAAAAGGUCCAUUUUGUAUCAAAUUGAACAUUCGACGGCAAAUGUUGAGGGAAAAAAUUCAUUUUAAAAGUUUCAAUGCAGCUGUUCCUCUACACACAAAUCUAAAAUUCUUGUAAUUUAAUGUAGAAAUGUACACUAACUUGCACUCUUUAUUAAAUGUAUAGUAAUGCAACUAAAACAGUAAAAUAUGUUGAUGGCUGUACCUACUGAAUGUACCUGACACCCGAAAUAAUAAACAGGUACAACUGCGAAGGUACUAAUUUAAUUGAUAUUAUUGAAAUAUAAAAAACAUAUAUGUGUUUGUGCUUCCGGUAGUAUAGCGCAAGAUAUUUGCUCACUGAUUAAAAUUAUGAUUAACUAUAAUAAAGUAAUUUUUCCAUUGAAAAUAAUGUCAAAUUUGUAACAAAUGCAGUAAAUAAAAUGUACUUUAAUAAACU